CGGCAUUUCGAUUUCUCAGUGAAACCACUUGCGAAUUCCCCCUAAUCUUCGAGAGAUUGUUCCCAAUUUCAACCCCUAAUUCCUCCAAUUGAGAGAGGAAAUGCACAUUAAGGAGAUCUGUCUCGAGGGGUUCAAAUCCUACGCAACGAGAACCGUGGUUCCGGGCUUCGACCCGUAUUUCAACGCUAUAACAGGCCUCAACGGCUCCGGCAAAUCGAACAUCCUUGAUUCGAUAUGCUUUGUGCUGGGCAUCACCAAUUUACAACAGGUCAGGGCUUCUAAUUUGCAGGAGCUGGUGUACAAGCAGGGCCAAGCUGGAAUCACCAAGGCCACUGUGUCGAUUGUCUUUGACAACUCCGACCGCAGUCGAUGCCCUCUUGGCUACGAGGAUUCUCCUGAAAUUACAGUAACUCGUCAGAUUGUUGUUGGUGGAAGGAACAAGUACUUGAUCAAUGGGCAUCUGGCUCAGCCUAGUCGAGUACAGAAUCUAUUCCACUCAGUUCAGCUGAAUGUAAAUAAUCCACACUUUCUUAUAAUGCAAGGGCGUAUUACUAAAGUCUUGAAUAUGAAACCUCCUGAAACAUUGUCAAUGCUCGAAGAAGCUGCUGGGACAAGAAUGUACGAGACGAAGAAAGAGGCUGCCCUUAAAACACUUGAAAAGAAGCAGAGCAAAGUUGAUGAGAUCGACAAGCUUCUGGACCAGGAAAUACUCCCAGCUCUGCAAAAAUUGAGAAAAGAGAGGAUGCAGUACAUGCAAUGGGCCAAUGGUAAUGCUGAACUGGACAGACUUAAGAGAUAUUGUAUUGCUUAUGAAUACGUGCAAGCAGAAAAAAAUAGGGAUAACACUAUCCAAGGUGUUCAAGCCAUAAGAAAUAAGAUGCUGGAGAUUGAUUCAACUGUUGGAAAAAUGCAUGAGGAAACACAGGAAAUGGAGACGCAAAUAUCAAAACUGAUUGCUGAAAAGGAAGCAAGCAUGGGUGGGGAGCUAAAGAUAUUGUCAGAAAAAGUUGAUGUUCUUUCACGUGAUCUGGUGAAAGAAACCUCUGCAUUCCAAAGCCAAGAAGAUAAUCUUAAAACUGAGAAGGAUAGUGUAGCCAAGAUUGAGAGGAACCUUCAAGAAUCAAAACUAGCAGCUGAAGAGAAGGCUACGGCUAUAAAAACUGCUGAAGAUGGAGCUUCUGAUCUUAGAAAAAAUUUUCAGGAGCUUUCAAAUAGUUUGGAUGAGCAUCAAAAAGAAUUCCAAGGUGUAAUGGCAGGUAAGAGCAGUGGAAAUGAUGAGAAGUGCCUCGAAGACCAAUUGGGAGACGCCAAGAAAGCUGUAGGAAAGUCAGAGACAGAACUGAAGCAGCUGCAAAAUCAGAUAAACCAUGUUGACAAAGAGCUGAAGGAGAAAAAAACUCAAUUAGUGUCUACAUCUGCAAAAGCUGCUGCUAUAGAUAAUGAGCUUAAUGCCAAGAGGAAAGAAGUCAGAACAGUUGAAAAGGAACUCGAAUCUCUUUCUUAUGAUGAGACCCUCAUGGAGUCACUCCAAAAGGAUCGGACGAUUGAGUCAGAGACAGUGCAGAAACUUGAAAGGAAAGCACGUGAGGUUUCUUCAAGAUUGGGUAGGGUUGAAUUCAAUUACCGUGAUCCAGAAAAUAAUUUUGAUCGGUCAAGGGUGAAAGGUGUGGUUGCAAAACUAAUUAAAGUAAAGGAUAGCUCUGCAGCAGUUGCCUUAGAGGUAGCUGCUGGUGGCAAGCUGUUUAAUGUUGUUGUAGACACAGAAAAUACUGGAAAACAACUUCUUCAGAAGGGUGGUCUGCAGAGGAGAAUCACAAUUAUUCCUCUAAACAAGAUCCAGAGCCACCCCGUCUCAAAGCGAAUCCAAGAUGCUGCUGUUAAAUUGGUAGGCCAAGGUAAUGCCGCAGUGGCACUUUCUUUGGUUGGAUAUGACCAAGAACUUCAAAGUGCCAUGGAAUAUGUGUUUGGAUCAACAUUUGUUUGCAAAUCAAUUGAUGCUGCAAGAGAGGUAGCCUUCACCAGAGAAACAGCAACCCCAAGUGUUACUCUGGAAGGUGAUAUUUUCCAACCUAGUGGACUUUUGACUGGUGGUAGUCGCAAAGGUGGAGGUGAACUGUUGAGGCAGCUUCAUGCUUUGGCAGAAGUUGAAUUGGAACUCUCUACUCAUCAAAAGCGACUAUCAGAAAUUGAAGCUAAGAUCAAUGAGCUUCUUCCUCAUCAAAGAGUGUUUGAAAACCUUAAGAAAGAUUUGGUACUCAAGUCACAUGAGCUCAGGCUCUUAGAGGACAGGGCUAAACAAACUGAGCACCAUCAGCUCAGGGAGUGGGUACAGAGUACAGAGGAGAAGCUAGCCGAAGCAAAAUCAGCAAUUAUAGAUAAGAAAGUUCUGUAUGAUGAAUGUGUAACCAGAGUGUCAUCCCUUGAGAAGUCGAUCCAUGACCAUGCUGGAAACAGGGAGAGUAGGCUUAAGGAUUUAGAGAAGAAGAUCAAGGCUAUCAAAACCCAGAUGCAGGCAGCCUCAGAGAACCUCAGGCGACAUGAGACUGACCGAGAGCGGCUUAUAAUGGAGAUGGAAGCAAAUAAGAAAGAAUGCUCAUCACUGGAGAGCCAAUUAGAAGCUUUGAAUAAGCACAUUGAGGAUCUUACUUCUGAACUGGAUUCUCAGAGAACCAAGAUUUCUUCUAUUAAACAAUCUCAUGAUGAGGUCCAAGCUGAGCAUAACAUGGCCAGCAGGAAGAUCAAGGAAUGUGAUUCACAAAUAAGUGGUAUUGUCAAGAAGCAAAAGGAUAUCCAGCAAAAAAUUAGUGAAGUCAAUCUAGAGAGGAAAAGAAUGGAAAAUGAGGUCAAACGCAUGGACAUGGAUCAGAAAGAUUGUGCAAUGAAGGUUGAUAAAAUGAUUGAAAAGCAUGCAUGGAUUGCAUCUGAGAAGCAACUUUUUGGACGAGCUGGAUCAGAUUAUGAUUUUGAGUCCUGUGAUCCCCUUAAGGCUAGGGAAGACUUUGAGAAACUGCAAGCUGAGCAAUCUGGUCUAGAGAAGAGGGUGAAUAAGAAGGUCAUGGCCAUGUUUGAAAAAGCUGAAGAUGAGUACAAUGAUUUGCUAUCUAAAAAGAACAUAAUUGAGAAUGACAAGUCAAAAAUCAAAAUGGUUAUUGAAGAGCUUGAUGAGAAGAAGAAGGAGACGCUCAAAGUUACUUGGAAUAAAGUUAACAAAGAUUUUGGUUCAAUAUUUUCUACUCUCUUGCCUGGCACAAUGGCCAAGCUGGAGCCUCCAGAAGGAGGCAGCUUCCUCGAUGGCUUGGAAGUUCGAGUUGCUUUUGGGAGUGUCUGGAAACAGUCUUUGUCUGAACUCAGUGGGGGACAACGAUCUUUACUCGCUCUUUCUUUGAUCUUGGCUUUGCUUCUUUUUAAACCAGCUCCAUUAUAUAUAUUGGAUGAGGUUGAUGCAGCUCUUGAUUUAAGCCACACACAGAACAUCGGAAGAAUGAUCAAAUCUCACUUUCCACACUCUCAGUUCAUUGUAGUCUCCUUGAAAGAAGGCAUGUUUAACAAUGCCAACGUUCUUUUCCGAACAAAAUUUGUAGAUGGUGUCUCUACUGUUCAGAGAACUGUGACGAAACAGCAAACCAAGUAACUGUGAUUGUCCGUUUCAUAAUCUUGGUUUUGACUGCGGGUAGACAAUCUGCUUGUCACUGGAGGUUUUUGGGGUCAUCUUAGAAUACAUCUUUUGUGAUGAUGUACCCAAUUAGAGGUUAUUAAUUCAGGCUCUUGUAAUUAAGCUGUGGUUUCUCAUCUUCAUCUUGUUGGGUAUAAUUUGUGAUUAUUCAAGUUAUGGAAGAGUUUUGAAGUCCAAUAAAGUUAAAAUCUCCAGCAUAGGCAUUAUA